AUGACCGGAGCCACCGACAACACCGCAAGCUCUGCCAGCAAGGACAGUCAAAAAACUUUAUUCCCUCCCGACAGCCGCAUUUCGGGCGUUUCUUCUAACGGUGCCAAGCACACCUGUUAUUGUGCCAUGCACUUAAAGCGCGAAGAAUCCGACGAGCCCUCCUGGACCGGCGGAAUACCAAUGAUCAGCAACGAAAGACGCAGCGCUCGUAUCCACUUUAGCGAUAGAGAGCCUACUAUAUUUGAGUUUCCCUGCGCAGGAUCGGCGGUCAUCCUCAGCUUUCGAGAUGACGAGUCAUAUGAUAAAGAGGAGCUGAUAGGAACAGUCACGAAGGCCGAGCUCAGCGAAAUGGGGCUUUGGCCUACCUAUCGCGACAGCUUCAAAACUGUCACAGGCUUGGAAUACGGCUUUCUUGUUGAAGGAGAAUUCAAGAAUUGUUUCGAAGGCAACCCCAUCAUGACGAUCGACCGUACAAAGAUGACCGACCAACGAACUUUCAAAAAUUGUUUCAAUGACUUUUAUGACAAGCACGAUCCAAAGUCCAGGAGUGAUUCUUUUCGGGACGAUUCGAGUGCCGGGAGAGAAUCUGAUCGGGACGAUUCGAGGGCUGGGAAUGAAUUUGAUUGGGACGAUUCGAGGGCUGGGAGUGAAUCUGUUCGGAAGAGCAAGCGCUUUUUCAAGAGGGCCAAUGAUGCCAUUGCUCGUCUACUGCAUUGA